UGUAUUUUUUUUCAGCCGCUCAAAAACAGAAUUAAGUUCAUGACAUUCCUCUUGGGCUUUAUUCAUAAAUUCUAGGAAACAUUUUUUGUGCAGAGAAAGGAACAAGGAAUAUCUAUUUUUGAACCAGAGGAUGAUAUUUGAUAAUGACACUAAUCUAUUUUUGUAUUUGAUAAUGACAUUAUAUUUUGUGUGUCUGUGCUUAGAAGGCAAGCAGCAUAUUUUAUUUGAUUAUUUAAAUUGCAUAAGCUUUUGUGCUUGUGUUUGUGUUUGUGUGUACUUGGUGCAGGACAGUGACUUGGACUUUUGUUCGAUUAUUAUUUUUUGUUUGAUUUUUCUAUUUUCCACAUGGAGUAAUGUAAAUUUGAUACUUUCCUCUGUUAUACAGAAAGAUUACUUCAGAUGAGUUUGAAGAACAUUAGUGGACAUUCUAGGACUUGAAGAUUGCAAUUUGUUUAGCCAUGACUCCGUUUUCCCAAGACCUAGAGAAAAAUUGGAUGAGUUUACCGAGAGAUAAAGCCGAGUUUAGUAACGGUGUCAAUGACUUCUUAGACUUUGCUUACUCCAUCGGAUACCCACAAGGAGAGGAAAUCUUAUGCCCUUGUGCAAAGUGUUGUAAUUUCUUGUGGCACAAAAGACAAACAAUUUAUAUUCAUUUGAUUGCCUUUGGAUUCGUUAAUGGUUAUACGAGAUGGAUUCAUCAUGGGGAAAGCGUAGUCGGCAUGGAUGUUGAUAGCGAUAGCAAUAAUGAGAUUGACAGUGAGAGUGAGACUAACUCGUACGACGACAUGGACGCCUUGUUGAACGAUAGAUUUCGGGAUGUGGCACAAGCGGAAGGGAUAAAAGAAGGUAUGAAUGAAGAUGCAAAGAAAUUCUAUAACUUGGUUGAAGAGGCUAGCAAAGAACUGUAUCCCGGUUGCGACGGGUUUUCUACGUUGUCUUUCACCAUCCGAUUAUACUUGUUAAAGUGUCAACAUGGGUGUAGUAAUGCCUCUUUUACUUCUCUCUUGGAGUUGCUAAAAGAAGCUAUUCCUAACUUAAAUAUUCCUACUUCUUUCAAUAAAGCCAAGACUAUGGUGAGAGAUUUGGGUCUUGACUAUAAAAAGAUUGAUGCAUACCCGAACGAUUGCAUGCUAUAUUGGAAAGAGUACGAGAAGGACACAUCUUGUCAUGAAUGUGGCGCUUCGUGUUGGAUUGUGCAUCCUGUAGUUGAAGCUAAUGUUUUGCCUUCAAAAAAAUAUCACAAUAUUCCUGUGAAGACGUUGCGACACUUUCCCCUAAUUCCCAGGCUUCAAAGACUAUUCAUGUGCUCAGCAAUAGCUAAAAGCAUGAGGUGGCAUGAUGAAGAACGCAGAAAAGAUGAGAAGUUAAGGCAUCCCGCUGAUGGACAGUCAUGGAAGGACUUUGACAAUCGUCAUACAAAUUUUGCUCUCGAUCCCCGUAAUGUGAGACUUGGCUUGUUAAGUGACGGAUUCAAUCCAUAUCGAACCAUGAGCAUAUCUCAUAGCACAUGGCCUGUUGUUUUAAUGGCUUAUAAUUUGCCGCCAUGGAUGUCUAUGAAACAGGAAUACUUUAUGUUGUCGUUGCUAAUCCCUGGACCAAAGUCACCAGGAAAUGAUAUAGACAUUUACUUGCAACCUUUGAUCGAGGAGUUGAAGGAGUUGUGGGAGGUUGGGGUGGAAACAUAUGAUGCAUCAAAAAAUGAAACCUUCCAAAUGUAUGCAGCUCUUAUGUGGACAAUUAGUGAUUUUCUGGCUUACGCAAUGCUAUCUGGUUGGAGUACAAAAGGGAAGCUAGCUUGCCCUUGUUGUAACCAUGAGACUUGUUCUAACUAUCUUAAAUAUAGUCGCAAGACAUGCUAUAUGGGUCAUCGUGCCUUUUUGCCUGAGGAUCAUCCAUGGAGAGCUAAUAAGAGAUCUUUCAAUGAAAAAGUAGAAUAUAGGCAAGCUCCACCAUUAUUGUCGGGUACUGAAGCUUUAAGUCAGUUGGAGUAUGUGGAUAAUUCAUUUGGGAAGCUAAAACCAAAGAAAGAUGGUCCAUGGAAGAAGAGGUCAAUAUUCUUUGAUUUACCUUAUUGGCAGUAUAACACAUCACGACACAAUUUAGAUGUGAUGCAUAUAGAAAAGAACAUAGUUGAUAGUAUUCUUGGAACUCUCUUGGAUAUUUCUGGCAAGACAAAAGAUCACACAAAUGCUCGAUAUGACUUGCAAUAA